AUGGCGAAUCAACAUUUCUUCAAGCCUCUUCUUCCUGGCUUCCACAGCCACCUGACAAUUCCUAUAGCCUUCUUGAAGCAUAUGGAUAGAAAAUACGAGCAGGACACGGCGGAGCUGAGGUCAGACGCGUCGAUAAAAAUCUGGAAAGUGAAGCUAGAAGCUGGCCGGAGACUCACUGAUGGUUGGAAAGAGUUUGCUCUCUCCCAUGAUCUACGAAUUGGUGACAUUGUCGUUUUCAGACUAGAGAAAGACAUGGCUUUUCAUGUGACACUGUUCGGAACCAGUUGUUGUGAGAUUCAAUAUGGAUCUUUUUUGGACAACCAGAACAACCUCGGGAAGAUUCAAAGAAAGAAGAAAGUGAAGAAGGAUCAAAGAAGAGAAACAGAGUCUUCUUCAUUAGAACCCUCUUGCUUUGUGGCUAAUGUCUCGCCUGCAAGUCUACGUUGUGACACACUGUGUCUUCCAAGGAGGUUUGUGAGGGAAAAUGGUCUAGACACAAGAUGUGGAGAGAUUGUUCUGAUGAAAGAAAAGUGUAGAUCAUGGAGGUUAAAUCUGAAAAGAAAGAACUCAUGUGGAACAAUGUAUAUCACACGAGGAUGGAGAAGUUUCUGUGGAGCCAAUGGAAUCAGAGCUGGAGGUUUCUUCACUUUCAAACUGAUCCAAAGAGGAAAAACUCUGAUUCUGCGUUUGUCCCCUGAAGGGUCCAACAACGAAGAAGAUUGUUCAUCAGAAGCUAAUGAAGUAGAGUCUCUUUCCACAGAACAGGACAGCAACCGGGACGAGAGGAGCUCACAGGAAGGUUCAAAGAGAAAGGAAAAGAAGGGUAUAUCGAUAUGCAAGGCUUCAUCUUCUGCAUCGCAAAACCGAUUCGUGACAGUAACUCUUACACCUUACAACAUCAGAUUAUCAAAACUGGUUCUUCCGAUACCUUUCACAAAGGUAAAUGGCAUAAAAAGGGCAAAGAAGAUGAGUCUGUUAGAUAAACAUGGCGUGAAGUGGUCUACAAAACUGUGGUUUGAGAAGGAACGUAAGAGAAUGAGAUUGGUAGGAGGCUGGAGAGAGUUCUGCGACGCUAACGGUGUGAAGAUAGGUGAAUCAAUCAUAUUAGAGCUGAUUUGGGAUGCAAAUAGAAGCUCUGUUCUUAAGUUCUGCUCCAAGGUGACCAAAUGA